AUGGCCAAAAAGAAGAAGAUCUUUGGCAUUCCAAUCCCUUGGCUACCAGCAACACCAGGCCCUCGCCCACCACAACUCCCUACUGCUGAAACUGAAAUCCAAAUCCAGACCGCUACCACAAAACCUACUCAUAGUCCACCUUCUAUGGUUCCAGGGUUAAGCCCAACACAGGCCAGACAAGCUCAAGCAUCAUCAAGAACCGAGUCUCAAUCGCCUUUACCAUCAAGUGCAACAACUCAAUCCCAAGUCACUUCUCAACCAGAAUCACCAUCUCAUGCAGCAACACAAUCUGAGCAUGCCUCUCAACCCCCAUCACCAGCACAUGCAGCAACAGAAUUCCGAGCUUCCACUCAACCCCUGUCACCAUCUCGUGUAACCCCUCAACCUCGGGCUACCCCUCAGCCCUCAUCACUGUCUCAUAUGGCUUCUGAGACUCAACCAUCAUUACAAGCAGCACAGCCUAAAUCCCUACCCACAUUGCUGCCUCAGCCUGCAGUUCAGACAUCCUCACUGCCUUCUUUGCCAUCUCUCACAUCCACUCAAGCACAAUUAAUAGAAGGAGCAGUGACACAACCACCACUUUCACCAGAAAAAUUACAACACACAAUUCAAAAGGACUCUCAACCUCCUUCCAGUUCCACUGAGCCUCUGCUGCCUCUCUAUCAAGAGGAAGAACAAAAGCCGGCAAGGUCUCAAAUAGAGUCACAAGAGUUGCAUCCAAAGGAAGAAAUGACAUCUGAGAAUGUUCUGAUCUCCCACAACCACACACCAAAUCAAACAACCUUUCAUCCCAAAGCAUUAGUCCCUGCAGCUGUGAUAGAUGAUGAAGAAGAACAAAAGCCAGCAAGGUCUCAGCCAGAGUCACAAGAGUUGCAUACAAAGGAAGGACAGACAUCUGAUAAUGUUCUGAACUCCCACAACCACGCACCAGGUCAAACACAAAUGCCAAAACAGCCUUCAGAUGCAUCACCCCUUGUAGCUGUGAGAGAUGGAGAAGAAGAACAAAAUCUAGCAAGGUCUGAACCAGAGUCACGGGCAAAUGAAGAAAGGACACCUGAUAAUGUUUUCAACUCCCAAAACUACGCACCAAAUCAAACAAACACUGAUCCCAAUGGGAUGCCAAAACAGCCUUCAGAAGCAUCAGCCCCUACAGUUGUGAGAGAUGGAAAAGAAGAACAAAAUUCAGCAAGGUCUCAGCCAGAGUCACAAGAGUUGCAUCCAAAGGAAGAAAGGACAUCUGAUAAUGUUCUAAACUCACAGAACCAAGAACCAAGUCCAACAACCAUUCAACCUAAUGGGAUGCCAAAACCUUCAGCAGCAUCAGUUCCCUUAGUUGCGAGAGAUGGAGAAGAAGAACAAAAGGCCGCAAAGUCUCAGCCAGAGUCACGAGAGUUGCAUCCAAAGGAAGAAAGGAAAUCUGAUAAUGUUCAAACAACCAUUUAUCCCAUGCCAAAAGUGCCUUCGGAAGCAUCAAUCCCCACUGCUGCGAGAGAUGCAGAAGAAGAACAAAAGCCUGCAAAGUCUCAACCAGAGUUACAAGAGUUGCAUCCAAAGGAAGAAAGGACUUCUGGUAAUGUUUUGAACUCUCAGAACCAUGCACCAGGUCAAACAAUCAUUCAUCCCAAUGGGAUGCCAAAACAGCCUUCAGAAGCAUCAAUCCCUGCAGCUUUGAGAGAUGGAGAAGAAGAACAAAAGCCCACAAAGUAUCAACCAGAGUCACAAGAAUCACAACCAAAGGAAGAAAGGACAUCUGAGAAUGUUCUGAACUCCCAGAACCAUGCAUCAAGUCAAAUGAUCAUUCAGCCUAAUGAGAUGCCAAAACAGUCUUCAGAAGCAUCAUUCACUCCAGCAGUAGCAGCACCAACUUCUACAGCAACUCUGGAGACAAUGGGCCCAACCCAGAAAUCAGAUUCUUCUCCUGUUAGUCCUGAACCUAAAACCCUCCAAGAAUCAGAUGCAAAAUCAGAAGAGAUUGGUGAAUCUUGCAAUGAACCCACCAUAUCCAAUGGAAAACGAGGCCCCCUGCUCAAAGAGAUUAGGGGUGACAUUUCAAAGUUUGUUCAUAAGAUAGCUACUCAACACCCAAAGUUUCCAAUGGAAAAGAAACCAGUUACUGUCAUAACCCUAGCUGGUGAAAAUAGAGGAGCAUCCAUGCAACUAGGUGCUGAGUCCACAGAAAAAGAAGGGGCAAUCCACAUCCACGUGGGAUAUAUGAUCAAACCAUAUGAGAACACUGAAGUUACCUCUGAUGGAGAAGAAGGUUCAGAAGAUUCAAGCACUGAAGAAGAUCAGGCAGAAAAAGCAUAUAUAAAUGGAAAUGUACAGGGUAUCAAUAACUCUAUCCUGUUACACAGUUCCAUUACCGAAAAGAAUCCUGGUCAAUCCAGUCAGGAACACUGAAGUCAGCACUGAUGGAUGGGGAAGCUUGGGAAGAAGGUUAAAUGCAUAUACAAAUGGAAAUAUACAAGGUAUCCGUAACUGUAUUCUGUUAAACAGAACCAUUACUGAAAGGAAUCCUUAUGUACAUCAUGUUUUCUCUCGCAACCUGACAAAACCUGUCUAGGCAACUAAAAGAAUACCCACAAGGCUGAAUUCAGUGUUACACCUGCACAGAAGCUUACUUACAAGCCCACGUUCAGAAGAAGAUGCUUGAGAGGCCUUUUAUAGAACCAUGAGACUCGAGCCCAGAUAACCCUGCAAAGACUCAAUGUCAUUGUUGCCACUACGUCUGCAAGGAGAAAAGUAAAGUUAGUAAGAUGAGUAUUGUAAUACAUGACACUAGUAUGCCAACAGCUAUUAAAUAUUUGUGUAAAUAACAAGAACAAUUGUACAAUUAAUUCAUAGUACGGAUGCUACAUAUAUCUCAUCAAAAAAUUAUGAUUUUACGGUA